GCUCAGCGCGAAGUAUCCGCGACGGGAGGCCGCGAUGAGCGACAUGGUGGAGAGGACGCUGACCGCACUGCCGGGGCUCUUCCUGCAGAACCAGCUGGGAGGGCCUGCGGCCUCCAGAGCACCCUUCUUCUCCAGGCUGGGCGGCCUCAUCCGCGGCGUCACCGCGCUCUCGUCCAAGCACGAAGAAGAGAAAUUAAUCCAGCAGGAACUGAGUAGUCUGAAGGUGACUGUUUCUGCUCCUACUACAACACUGAAAAUGAUGAAGGAAUGUAUGGUGAGACUUAUAUAUUGUGAAAUGCUUGGAUAUGAUGCUUCUUUUGGUUAUAUACAUGCAAUCAAGUUGGCCCAACAAGGAAACCUCUUAGAAAAAAGAGUGGGUUAUUUGGCUGUUUCUUUAUUUCUACAUGAAAGUCAUGAACUUUUGCUUCUCCUUGUGAAUACAGUGGUAAAGGACCUGCAGAGCACUAACCUGGUAGAAGUGUGCAUGGCACUUACUGUUGUCAGCCAGAUUUUCCCUCGAGAAAUGAUUCCAGCUGUUCUUCCAUUAAUAGAAGAUAAACUUCAGCAUUCUAAGGAGAUUAUUCGAAGAAAAGCAGUUCUGGCAUUAUACAAAUUUUACCUCAUUGCCCCUAAUCAAGUACAGCAUAUCCAUACUAAAUUUCGGAAAGCACUUUGUGACAGAGAUGUUGGGGUCAUGGCUGCCUCUUUGCAUAUAUACCUUAGGAUGAUUAAGGAAAAUUCAUCUGGAUAUAAAGAUCUGACUGAGAGUUUUGUAGCAAUUUUAAAGCAAGUGGUGGGAGGAAAGCUCCCGGUUGAGUUCAGUUACCACAGCGUGCCAGCGCCAUGGUUACAGAUUCAGCUCUUGAGAAUACUGGGGCUGCUGGGAAAGGACGAUCAAAGGACAAGUGAAUUAAUGUAUGAUGUUCUUGAUGAAUCCUUACGAAGAGCCGAGUUAAAUCACAAUGUCACUUAUGCUAUUCUGUUUGAGUGUGUGCACACAAUCUAUUCUAUUUACCCUAAAUCAGAAUUACUUGAGAAGGCCGUCAAGUGCAUUGGAAAGUUUGUUCUGUCACCCAAAAUAAACCUCAAGUACUUAGGACUGAAGGCUCUUACCUAUGUUAUCCAGCAGGAUCCUUCUCUGGCUCUUCAACACCAGAUAACCAUAAUUGAAUGCCUAGACCACCCUGAUCCCAUUAUUAAAAGAGAGACUCUGGAACUUCUUUACAGAAUUACAAAUGCACAGAAUGUAAUAGUUAUUGUACAGAAAAUGCUUGAAUAUUUGCAUCAGAGCAAAGAAGAGUAUAUCAUCAUCAACUUAGUUGGCAAAAUAGCUGAGUUGGCUGAGAAAUAUGCUCCCGACAAUGUGUGGUUUAUUCAGACAAUGAAUGCUGUGUUCUCAGUGGGAGGAGAUGUAAUGCACCCUGAUAUCCUCAGUAACUUCCUGAGACUGCUAGCAGAAGGUUUUGAUGAUGAGACAGAAGAUAAACAAUUAAGAGUCUAUGCAGUUCAGUCUUAUCUUACUUUAUUAGAUAUGGAAAAUACUUUCUAUCCACAGAGAUUUCUUCAAGUUAUGAGUUGGGUAUUAGGGGAGUAUUCCCACCUCUUAGAUGAAGAAAGUCCAGAGGGAGUUAUAAGCAGGCUCUACAAAUUACUUAUGAGUGACUCCGUUUCCUCAGAAACCAAAGCCUGGUUGAUUGCCGCAGUGACCAAACUGACACCCCGAGCACAUUCUUCUCAUAGAGUUGAGAAAUUAAUCCAGGAAUUCACGAUUUCUUUGAAUACUUGUCUGAGACAGCAUGCAUUUGAAUUGAAACAUCUGCACGAAAAUGUAGAGCUUAUGAAGAGCUUGCUUCAAGGUGCUCAGACCAGUGAAGACACAGUGGUGGAUGCUUCUUUAUCUUUUCUGGAUGGUUUUGUGGCCGAGGGGCUCAGUAAGGGAGCAGCACCUUACAAGCCCCAUCACCAGCGCCAAGAGGAGCGGCUUUCGCAGGAAAAAGUUCUCAAUUUUGAACCAUAUGGACUGUCAUUUUCUUCAUCUGGUUUCACCGGACGACAGUCUCCUGCUGGCAUUUCUCUGGGCUCAGAUAUAUCAGGAAAUAGUGCUGAAACAGGACUGAAAGAGACAAGUAGCCUGAAGCUGGAAGGUGUAAAGAAACUAUGGGGCAAAGAGGGCUAUCUCCCUAAAAAGGAGAGCGGAACUGGGGAUAAGAGCGAAGUGCCGCAUGUUCCUGGAGAGGGCACCACCACGGAGAAUGUAGACAAAGCCACAACCAGGAAGGACCAAGCUCAAGGCCUUGUCCAGUCUACAGAAGAGAAAGAAAGGCAGCUGUUGGCCUCCUCAUUAUUUGUUGGGCUUGGACCAGAAAAUACAAUCAAUUUGUUGGGAAAAGCAGAUGUCGUGUCUCACAAGUUCAGGAGAAAAUCAAAAUUCAAAGUAGCCCAAAAUGACAAGACACCCAGCGCUCAUAACCCUGCCUCCUCCUCCUUUAGCUCUGUAUCAGACGUGGCCCACAGGGAUGAUGACUGUCUGAGUACUCUGGAUAGAGGAGACACUGAACUCAGUCCAGAGCUGUUGGGUUCUGAGUCUGUCUCCGAGCUGCCCUCAGUUGACAGACUCUCAUGUGUCAGCUUGCCUGCGCCUUCUUUGUUUGCUGACAACAACAUGGACGUUUUCCACCCUUCUUCACCCUCUACACCUUCAACUGUCAAGGAAAUCCAUUUAGCUUCUUUCCUGGAAGAAACUCCUGAGUGUGGGCAUUCAAGUCUCCUGGAAAUCUGUAGUAAUGACACAGUGUCUGUGUCUUCUUACAAAAUCUGGAAGGAUGAUUGUUUAUUGAUGAUCUGGUCACUCACUAGUAAGACUGAUUCAGAAUUAACAAAUGCUAAGUUAGAAAUUUUUCCUAUGGAAAACUUCAAGAUCAUUGAACAACCUGGAUGCUGUUUGCCUGGGAUGGAAACAGAAAGCACCAAAUCCUUUCAGUAUGGUGUGCAGAUGGAAAGCCCAUCUGUAGAGGGGACUCUCUCUGGUUUUAUAAAUUAUCAGAUGAUGGAUACACAUUCUGUAAAGUUGGAAUUUUCUAUGAACUUAUCAUUAUUAGAUUUUAUUAGACCAUUAAAGAUCUCAACUGAAGACUUUGGCAAACUCUGGUUGUCCUUUGCAAAUGAUGUGAAGCAAACUAUAAAAAUAUCAGAGUCGCCAGUUGCUUUGGCUUCUGUCCUAACAGAACUGCAGCAGAAACUGAGACUUCAUGUGAUUGACGUCAUAGGCAAUGAAGGGCUAUUGGCGUGUAAGCUGCUGCCGUCCACCCCCUGCGUCCUGCACUGCCGAGUGCAUGCUGAUGCAGUAGCCCUGUGGUUCCGCUCUUCCUGCUCUGUGCUUUCAGACUAUUUAUCCUGUCACUGUCAAAAGCUGAUGGAGACAUCCUAGCAAAGCUCUGUUAGAUCUUACUUUUUCACAUAAAUGGUUUACAUUUAUAAACUUACCAAAGUAAAAGAACUCAUGGUACUUCUGGUGGAAAUGGGGAUUAUUGUAAGUUUUGGUUUACGUUUUUUUCUUCUUGAUUUCUGAUAAGAAUGAUCCCCAAGAAAAUGUGUCACUAUUUUAUUUUACUCAGGAUUGUACAGUGUGUUUGGGUCCCCCCAAAUGACCUGAGCUAAUGUUAUAAAAUGCUAAUGAUUUAUAUAUCAUUUAAUGUGGAAGAACUGAAGAUAUUUAUUUUGUUAUAAAUGUUUUAUAACAGGCUUAUUCUAGCAUUAAAGCCAGGACUCAGUUCUCUGCAUUGAUGCAGGGAACACAUGAGAUUGGCUUUGGAAUGCGGUGUUGGUUGUGGGGAAAUUUGUGCUCUCAGUUAGGCUUUUGCUUAGGUCAGCGAUACUCCGACGGCCUAGCCUCUACUAACAGUUGUAGGAGAUCCUUGAGCAUGCUGGGUGUUGGGCAGAUCCAAUCUGCGCUUUUUUAUUUUUUAAUUUGUUAUACUUAAUUUUAAGUAAUUUGGCCGUAAAGUAUGUCUGUUUGCUAUUAGAUCCUUUUGGCAAUUACAUUUUGUGACCAUAGUAUAAAUGGCCAAUUGAUUUUUCCUGGCUCUUACAACUACUAGUAUUCAGUGGAUGUAGCUGCAGUAGUAACCAUGUAAAUAUAUCGCUUUCAUGUUAUAUUUGUGCGUAUACGGCCUCACUGUUAGUAAAAGACGAUGUUGUGCCUAGUGUGUAUGAUGGGCCAAAAUCUUGAGAUUGUAUAUUAACUGAAAUAGUAUUUUAUAAAAACUUAUGGUGCUGUGGGAAAUAUUUAUUUUACCCUUUCUGGUACUUCACCAUUGAAACUAUUCAGGUAAUACAACCUUUACGUCAUUAUAUUAACUAGCUCAUAGGACUGGUUCUCACCCAGGUCGGGCACUCUGGUUUUAGGUUGUCUCAAUGCUUGCCGAUAAAGAUGCUAAGAGGAUUCUGUGGAGCUGGGAGAUCUCAGUCAUCUGUAGUUAGAGCAAAACAAAAGGAGUAGUUUUUAAAUUAAUUUUUAGGUUAUUUUAAAAUGUAAUGUU